AGCAAUUGGAUCGACGACAAAACAAGAAUGAUACAAGUGUGCGCGUACGUGCGCGAUGCACGUGAUUUUCGGAUUAAUCAUCCGCCAGCUCGUGGCGAGUCGCUGCGCCGCUGAAUUGAUCAUCGAUCGAUCGAUCGAGAAAAAUAAAGGGGCAAAAAAAAAAAUCCGGCGUCGAUUCGAAAAUAAAACGGAAAAACGAGCUGAAUGAGUCUUUAAUAUUGGCUUGGAAGAAUAACAAAUGCAGAGAGAAAAACAACAGCGAGAAAACCCGAGUGCAAAGAAAGAGAGAGGCUCAUGACGCCGACUGCACGUACGAAUACAGGCCUGGCCUUGCGUGCCGAGCCGCGCGCGCGCUUAUUUAGUAUUUACCUCUGCUCAUCCACGUGACGAAAGGACAUCUGCUCGCGGCGCACGUGAGCCGUCCAUACAUAUAUGCCUUAUACUUGCAAUAGGUGUGUGUAUAUCGGUGUAUAUAGUCGAGACGAAGCCACACGAUUAAACCAAUCGCGAACGACGUGUUUGUUUGCGCUCGCGGCGCCGCUCGUCGCUCGCCUACAACUAUAUAUACAAGUACUCGAGGAGAAAAAAUCACAGCGGACAGAUUUUCGCGUUCGCCAGUCGUCGCUCCGCCGCAGACGCCAACAACUUGCAGCUGUCACAAUUCGGCGACGUCUUGCGCUGCUGCUUGCUAUUUGUCGACCUAAGUAUAAUCGUCGUAACGAUCAAAGCAGAGUCGUCUCGUGUGUACGCGCGCGCGAGCAGUCACCCAAGCCUCCUAAAACUUUUGUAACCUAUCUCGACUCUGACCUACUGUGCAGUGCACUCGACGACUGCAUCAACGUCACACGGGGUGAAUGUAUUGUUGAUCAUAUCCGUGUGAAUCUCAAAUCACAGCGACAUAACCUUCCAGCGUCGACAUAACUAAGGCAAUUAAUUGCCAUGAUCUACGAUUGCUACUUUUUCUUCUAACUCCUUAAACGAAGUUAUAAAGCUCGUUCGAUUUGACUCGUGAAAGUGUAGACAGUUGAUAAAAUGGAAUGCAAAGGAAUUGUUAUUGGUUAUUGGAUAUCCGAUAAAAAACGACAAAAGUUUGACUGGCACAAGUUUGAAGAACUCUGCGACAAGGAGGGCUUCAUUCUCAAAAAGAUUGACGUUGAAAACGAUAUAGAAUCUCAGGGACCAGUUGAUAUCUUUUUUCAUAAGUUAACAGAUGUUUUAUCUCAUGCUGAAGAGGGCCUAGACUAUGCCAUCAAAAUAGUCACUAGAUUAAAGAAAUUCAUAGAAAAGUAUCCAGAUUUAUAUGUGAUUGAUCCUUUUGAAAAAGUUCAACAACUGAGAAAUAGACAUCAUUCGUAUGAAAUGAUUAAAGCAGGACUCAAGUAUGAUGAUAACAUAUUCAUUCCUAAUUUUGUAGAAAUAAAAACGAAAAAUGUUUCAGAAAUAUUGAACAUUUUUGAAAAAAAUCAAAUAACAUAUCCAUGUGUUUUCAAACCUUUGAUAGCACAAGGUUCAAGUGAUGCACAUAAGAUGAUGUUGAUAUUCAAUGAGCAAGGACUGUCUGAUUGUCAAAUACCAUGUGUAGCUCAAAAUUUUAUAAAUCACAAUGCCAUUUUGUAUAAAUUAUUCAUUGUUAAUAACCAUUAUCAAGUUGUUGAAAGGCCUAGUUUUAAAAAUUUCUAUCCACAAGAUUGCAAGUCAAUGAAUACAAUAUUUUUCAAUUCUCAUGAUAUUUCCAAAAGUGGUUCAAAUUCUAAGUGGUCUAUUAUAUCUGAAGAAGAGCAAGAGCUUAGUGUCAAACCAAAUGUGACCGUUUUUGAUAGAAUAGUCAAGAAAAUCACAAAACUUUUUGGACUUAUUUUAGUGGGAGUGGAUGUUGUCAUAGAAAAUCAUAGUGGAAAAUAUGCAAUUAUUGAUGUCAAUGUCUUUCCAGGAUAUGAUGGUUAUCCAGAAUUUUUUGAACACUUGGUUGAUAGCAUAAGAGAACUUUUAAAAAAUAAAGCUUCUGUCAAACAGAAUAAAUGUCUUCUAAAAAGUCGUGGUGAUGGUCAUGACUCUGGUAUAGAGAAUGAUGAAAAGAAAAAACAAGCCAUUCUUUAAAAAAGAAUUGUUAUUGAUAAGCUAAAAACUUUUUAAACCAAAAAAUUUUUUGUACUUACACUAGUUAUCCAUUUUUAAGUGCAUCUUUUGUGUAAAAAUGAAGCCAGGAGAAUGUGAAAGAUAUUUUAUCAGAUUCAUGUUAGUUAAUAUUUUUAUAAAUAUUUAUUUGUAAAAAUAGUCUAGUUGAUAGAUAUUUUUAUUUCUGUUUUUUACUAUUUGUUAGCAAUUGGUUACAAGUUUAUAUGUUAAUGAAUAUAUACAUUUAUAUGUGUAAUUUUAAUAGUAAGUAAAUUUUAUAAUGUCAAACAUUUAACUUUUGUACAAACUUACAAUGUAUGCUGAAAUUGCAAAAAGUUUAUAAAAUUAUUUUUGAAUUAA